UUAUUUAAGAAGGCAAAUAUUGAUUUUAGAAUCCUCGUAUUAAAUUGCUCUUAAUUAUGGGGAUUUUCAUAAUGAAUGCAAAGCGAUUUUGGCAUGCUAAUUGAAAGCUCAUUUUGGAAAAUCUUUACCGUGCAUUUUUACGGCAACUUUUCUAUAAAUUGGGCAAUACAUCAAAGGUUAUUUAAUUUAUUUACCAUUCUCUGAAGAGUUUAUUUAAUUUGUUUACCAUUUUCUGAAGAGGUUAUUCAAUUUGUUUCCCAUUCUCUAAAGACGCAUCGGAGGCCGGAACACAAUACCAUGAUGGCUGGAACUCCGGUGGAACAACAUGUAGAAGGAGCAGUUAAUGAAAAACAUCAAAGGGGCGAUAGAAAUAUUAUCAGACAACGACUGCUAGUUGUGGCAAAUAGGUUGCCAGUCUCGGCAACGAGGAAUGCCGAUCAGUCUUGGUCACUAGAGAUUAGUGCUGGUGGUCUAGUUAGUGCUCUUCUUGGUAUAAAUGAGUUUGAGGCCAUAUGGAUUGGUUGGCCUGGUUUGAAUCUCACCAAUGAUGAGGAAGGGAGGAAGUCACUUGCAAAAUCAUUAGCCCAAAAGAGAUGUGCUCCUGUAUUCCUGGAUGAUGAGAUUGUGGAUCAGUAUUACAAUGGUUACUGCAAUAACAUAAUAUGGCCGCUUCUACAUUAUCUUGGACUUCCACAAGACGAUCGACUUGCAACGACCAAAACUUUCAAGUCCCAGUUUGAUGCAUUCAAAAGAGCAAAUAACAUGUUUGCUGAUGUAGUGAGUGAACAUUAUAAGGAUGGUGAUAUUGUUUGGAUUCAUGAUUAUCAUCUUAUGUUCCUCCCUGAAUGUCUAAAGAAGAACAACAGUAAAAUGAAAGUGGGCUGGUUUUUGCAUACACCAUUUCCUUCUUCCGAAAUACAAAGGACAUUGCCAUUCAGUUCAGAGCUGUUGCGUGCAAUUCUCUCUGCCGAUAUGGUUGGUUUUCACACUUAUGACUAUGCAAGACAUUUCGUUACUGCGUGUACUCGCAUCCUUGGGCUUAAAGGUACUGCUGCAGGAGUAGAGGAUCAAGGAAGACUGACUCGAGUAGCUGCGUUUCCGAUUGGAAUAGAUUCUGACCGAUUCAUUCGAGCUAUCGAAACUGAGUCAGUGCAGAGCCACAUGGUAGAUUUGCUGAAGAGAUUUGAGGGGAGAAAGAUCAUAUUAGGGGUUGAUAGACUUGAUAUGAUCAAAGGGAUUCCCCAAAAACUACUAGCAUUUGAAAAUUUUCUUGAGGAAAAUCCACAAUGGCAGGAUAAAGUGGUUUUGCUGCAAAUUGCUAUCCCAACGAGAACAGAUGUUCCUGAGUAUCAAAAGCUAACCAAUCAGGUCCAUGAGAUUGUUGGACGCAUCAAUGGCAGAUUUGGAUCUUUAUCUGAUUUUCCCAUUCACCAUCUGGACCGUUCUCUUGACUUUCAUGCUUUAUGUGCGUUGUAUGCUAUUACCGAUGUAGCACUUAUCACAUCUAUACGUGACGGAAUGAACCUUGUCAGCUAUGAGUUCGUGGCUUGUCAAUCAUUAAAAAAAGGGGUUCUUAUCCUUAGUGAAUUUGCAGGUGCUGCACAAUCUUUGGGAGCUGGAUCCCUCCUUGUUAAUCCUUGGAAUGUCUCAGAGGUUGCAGCUUCUAUCAAAGAGGCCUUAGAUAUGCCUGCUGAUGAACGUGAAAAACGUCACCUGCUUAACUUUACACAUGUGACAACCCAUACUUCUCAAAAAUGGGCAGAAACUUUUGUGAG